UUUUGUUCUGUGGACUGCCUUCCUGUCCACUGCCCCUCACCCUGCUGCUUUGCCUGGAUCUGAACUUGCUUUAGCUCAUUUUGGAAUAACACACCCUUUCUCUUAUUUUCUACUGUUGUGGAUUGGUGGAUCUUUAACUGUGAGCUGGUAAAGUAAAGAACAGUGGUUAUAAGUUGGCGGAGUGGUCCUCAGGAUGUCACGAUCAUUACAAGUGACGCUGAAGCAGCAGCAGCAGCAGCAGCAGCAUCAACUGCAGGAGAAGCAGCAGCAGCAGCAGCAGCAACUUCAAUAUGAGAGCAGCUAUUACCUGAGCACCAAGUCAUCUGUUAGCCAGAAGUCGUUCUCGACUUACAAGACCAGCAGCCAUCGACUGAAGACCGCUGUGAAGACAGAGUUGGGGCAGGAGGUGGUUAAACUGAGCCCGCUGCCUAAGAGAGCCAAACGCACCUACCUGGCGAUGGACACGGACAAAGAAAUCAUUGGCUAUGUUGUUCCUGUAUUUAGAGCCGAUCAUGACGUGGUUCGGGGCCUGAUGGAGACCCGGGAGGAGGAUGCUACAGAGGAGGGGAUUAACUAUGUGGCCAUGAGGAACCUGUUUGUCAGGGAGGCUCAAGAGGCUCUGCAGGUCAAAGUGGAGAAGAAAACCAGAACAAAGCAUGUCAGAGAAUCCGCUACCCGCUUGGAAUUCGGAAGGACGAUGGAGGAAUGGUCCGAGUUUCGUAAGAAGAUGAACCCAGACAGCCUCACACACCGUCCAGAGUUUAUUGUGAAGCCCCGUGGACAGACGGUCUGGGAGGGCAAGACUGUCAAGCUGCACUGCACUGUGGCUGGUUGGCCCAAACCCAGGAUUGCCUGGUACAAAAACAACGUGCUCAUUGAUGCCAAAGCCCACUCUGAGAAGUACACAGCCGAGAGCAAUUACAACAUGCACUCCCUGGAGAUCAAGAACUGUGAUUUCUUGGACACCGCUAAGUAUAUGGUCUCUGCCCUCAAUGUGAAGGGGGAAGCUUCGUCUGUGGCCAAUAUUGUUAUCAAAAGGUUCCAAGAGGGAGAGGAAGCAGGCCCACUUGAUCCUAAGCCACAUGGUUUCAGUCCUGAGCAUGGUGUAACCUUUGAAACAGCCAUCAUUGACAAAUUUGAGGUGGCCUUUGGCAGUGAAGGGGAGACAAUGAGUCUGGGCUGCACCGUCAUCAUUUUUCCCACUGUGAAGAAGUACCAGCCUGAAGUGGUGUGGUACAGAAACUCUGUCCCCUUGAAGCCUUCCAAAUGGGUGCACACCCACUGGUCUGGGGAGCGCGCCACACUCACUCUUGUCCACCUUAACAAGGAAGACGAAGGCAUGUACACCCUGCGUGUCAACACCAAGUCUGGCUUUGAUUCCUACUCCGCCUACGUGUUUGUCAGAGAUGCGGAUGUGGAGGUGGAGGGGGUUCCCGUGGCUCCGCUGGAUGUGCGCUGUCAUGAUGCCAACAAGGACUAUGUGGUGGUAACCUGGAAGCAGCCAGCGGUGGAGGGCAGCAGCCCCAUCCUGGGAUACUAUAUCGACAGGUGUGAGGUGGGCACCCAUCACUGGGCUCAGUGUAAUGACAACCCAGUCAAGUACGCCCGCUUCCCUGUCACAGGACUGGUGGAGGGACGUUCUUACACCUUUAGGGUGCGGGCCUUGAACAAGGCAGGAGUCAGCCGUCCAUCCCGUGUCUCUGAGGCCGUGGUCGCCAUGGAUCCCUCUGACAGAGCCCGCCUCAGAGCUGGUCCCUCAGCACCGUGGACUGGGAUGAUCAAGUUCACAGAGGAGGAUUCAAGUGUCGGCGUGGUCCCUGGAGAACCCACUGACGUUGUGGUUACCGAGGCAACCAAGAGCUACGUGGUGCUGGCCUGGAAGCCCCCUGUGCAGAGGGGUCAUGAGGGAGUCAUGUAUUACAUAGAGAAGUGUAUGUCCGAGACAGACACCUGGCAGAGGGUGAACACCGGUAUGCCAGUCAAGUCUCCACGCUUUGCCCUGUUUGACCUGGCAGAGGGUAAAUCCUACAGCUUCCGCGUGCGCUGCUGCAACUCGGCUGGCGUGGGCGAGCCCUCUGAAUCCACAGGAGACAUCGUAGUUGGAGAUAAACUGGAUCUGCCGUCAGCUCCAGGCAGCCCAGUGGUCACCAGGAACACAGACACCUCUGUGGUGGUCUCCUGGGGGGCCUCUAAGGAUGUCAAACACUUGGCGGGCUACUAUAUUGAAUGCAGUGCAGUGGGAACAGAUGACUGGAUGCCCUGCAACAAUAAACCUGUCAAGCAGACCAGGUUUGUGUGCCAUGGCCUGACCACUGGGGCCAACCUUGUGUUUAGAGUGAAGGCAGUAAAUGCUGCUGGAUACAGCCAGAGCUCCUCUAAUUCUGAUGCUGUGGUUGUGCAGGCUGCCAUCUCCACGCCUGGGAAGCCCAGCGGUGUAACCCUGCUGGAGGCCGUCAAGGACUACAUGGUUGUGGGCUGGACUGCACCCGCUAACAACGGAGGAGCCGACAUCAGGGGAUAUUUUGUGGACUACAGAACCGUGAAGGGAGGCGUUGUUGGGAAAUGGCAUGAACUGAACCACCAGGCACUGACAACAACCUCAUACAAAGCUGAGAACCUGAAGGAGAACGUCUUCUACGAAUUCCAAGUGCGUGCAACGAACAUGGCAGGUUUGAGUAAAGCCUCUCUGCCCAGUGCAGCUCUGGAGUGCAAGGAAUGGACCAUUACUGUCCCAGGUAUUCCUGUUGGUCUUCAUGUGCUGGAGGUUCGUGACACCUCCGUUGUGGUUCUGUGGGAGCCACCUGUGUUUAAUGGCCGCACUCCUGUCAAUGGCUACUAUCUGGACAUCAAGGAGGUGUCUGCUGGCAGCGACGGCUGGAAGGCCGUGCACGAGAAGGCCAACAAGAUGAAAUACAUGAAGGUGACUGGGCUGAAGGCCGGUGCAUCCUACGUCUUCCGUGUGCGUGCUCAAAAUCUUGCUGGAGUUGGAAAUCCCUCAGCAGCCUUAGGUCCAAUCCUGGCCCAGACUCGUCCUGGCACCAAGGAGAUUUAUGUGGAUGUCGAUGAUGACGGAGUGAUUUCUAUGAUCUUCGAGUGCUCUGACAUGAAAGAGGGCUGUGAGUUUGUUUGGUCCAAGAAUUACCAGGAGAUCACUGACACUUCUCGCCUAACUAUUAUCACCGAAAAGGGCAAAUCCAGAGCAAUCUUCAACAGUCCCUCUCUGGAGGAUCUGGGCACCUUCUCCUGUAUGGUCACCAACACUGACGGCAUCUCCUCCAGCUACACACUCACUGAGGAGGGUCUUAGGCGUCUUCUGGACAUCAGCCACGAGCACAAGUUCCCUGUUAUUCCCUUCAAGAAUGAAAUGGCCAUGGAUCUGCUUGAGAAGGGUCGCGUGCGAUUCUGGACUCAGGUGGAGAAAUGCACCUCUGCCUGCCAAGUGGAGUAUGUCUUCAAUGACGUCAUCAUCACUCAGGGAAAGAAAUACACGAUGAACUUCGACAAGUCCACCGGCAUCAUUGAAAUGUUCAUGGACUCUCUGGAGGUCACCGAUGAAGGAACGUUCACCUUUAACCUGGUGGAUGGCAAGGCAAAGGGCACCACCAGUCUGGUGCUAAUUGGAGAUGAAUUCAGAGAGCUUCAGAAGAAAUCCGAAUUUGCGAGGGCAGAAUGGGUCAGGAAACAAGGUCCUCACUUUGUUGAAUACCUCGACUUUACUGUUACCCCAGCCUGUGAUGUGCUGUUGAAAUGCAAGAUCGGAAAUGUCAAACCAGAGACUGAGAUCAUUUGGUCUAAGGAUGCCAUUGAGAUUGCAGAGGAUGAUGAGGAUUCUAAGAAAAUUGAGAAGAAGGACGGCGAGCUGACCUUUAAUAUCGGAAAGUGGAUUAUUAAGCAAGAGCAAAAGAAAGAAAAAGAAGGGAAAAAACCACCAGCAGAAGACGUUCCCCCACCGCCAAGACCUAAAAUCUCUAAGCAAGAUGCGGGCAUUUAUGAGGUCUUCUUGAGGGACGAUAGAGGCAAAGACAAGAGCGCCUUCAGUCUGACAGAUGCAGGAUAUCAAGCUGUAAUGAAUGAGUUGUUCAGAGUUAUUGCCAACUCCUCCAGUGAAAUCAAUGUUCUCAGUACUGAGCAUGGCAUCGUCCUCUACUCCAUGGUCACAUACUACAAUGAGGACCUGCGUGUUGGUUGGCUCCACAAAGAUGGUAAGAUUGCUGCUUCAGAGAGAGUUAAGUCUGGUGUCACAGGAGAGCAGCUUUGGCUUAAGAUCAAUGAGCCCACUGAGAAGGACAAGGGCAAAUACACCAUGGACAUCUUUGAUGGCAAGGACGGAGUAAAGAGAGUCUUUGAUCUAAGUGGCAAGGCAUGGGAGGAAGCAUUUGAAGAAUUCCAAAGGCUCAAAGCGGCGGCAAUCGCAGAGAGAAACCGCGCUCGUGUGGUUGGAGGCUUGCCAGAUGUGGUUGCAAUCCAGGAAGGCAAGUCCCUGAACCUGACUGGCAACGUCUGGGGUGAGCCUCAGCCAGAGGUAUGCUGGAUGAAGAACGACAAGGAGCUCUUAUCUGACGACCGCUACAAACUCAAGUUUGAAGCGGGCAAGUUUGCCAGCAUCACAAUUGCAUCGGUCACUACAGCUGACUCUGGCAAAUACGCCCUUGUGGUGAAGAACAAAUACGGCAGAGAGGCUGGCGAGUUCACCGUCAGCGUGUACAACCCAGACGACGACGCCAGCAAGGAGGAGAAGAAAGACUAAAGGAUGAUGCAGUGUCAUGAAACCAAGAAGACAAGAAUAGCGACUGGGCUGUCUCCAAAGCAUUUUACCCCGGCACAUGCCGGUGCAACAAAGCAGUUAAAUAAACCAUGAAUCCAGCUGCUUCCUCCUGCGUCUUUCAUGUGCUGGGCUAAAGAGCUUUGGGCAUUGCUUGUCAAGGAAGCAAACAAUGGAGGUGGCACAGACAGAAUAAUUGUGUGCUUGUAGUUGCUUGACAUGUCUUCUGUCCCCUGUGGCCACCAUCAGCAGUUAAUGUAAUGUAUGGAGGAUGGUUGACCUGUCAUUAAUCGUUGUUUUAAAAACAGCAUGAAGGCCAGCAAAAGCGAAACACCAUCUUCUUAUAAUAAUAUUACAGUAUUAUGUUUGAGUCACCUUUAACCUCUUAAGCCAUGCCAUGCUGAGGUUUUCAUACUGUAAAAAAAAAACUUAAAAUAAAGAAAAAAUGUUGUCAUGAA